ACGGUAAGUCAGACGUGUAUCUCGCGUCAAACGGAAAUUGUCCUACCCAAACAACUACAACAUGAACAGUCUUGUGAGACAUCGCUUGGUCGAAACGUGUUACAGUGGGAUUAUUUACUGAUGAAUUCAAACGAGGAUGUCAUCCGCGUUAACGUUAGACUUCGAAAAUCAUCAACAAUCUCCAGCGAUGGAUAGUGAAGCUGGCAUCAUCUCCAUCGACCACGGAGGAGAGUGGGACAUAAGCCUGUUCGAUGAGCUGGAAAGCCUGGGAGAUGCAGAUGAGCUGCUUGAGGCCCUGGGGAAUGCUUGCUUCGCCAGUGCGGGUCCAGAUCUGGACUUUGAUAUUGACAUACCCCCUUGGAGUGAAGUGGACUCAAGCAGCACCUGCACAGAUGGUGAGGUGAGUGUGGACUCUCUGUCACCUGCUCACACUCUGAGCUCUGUCCCCUCUCCGGCCUCUGUGGAAGCUCUGUCCCCUUACUCCUUACAAGAUGAAGCCCUGUCGCCACAGUCGCAGCUGUCUCCCGUUUCAGUCUGCUCAGAGUCCAGUGGCUUUUCUGAAAUCUCUCGCCCAGUUAAGACAGCUCCAAAGAGGACCAGCCCGACCACACGAGCCAAACCAGCUCAGCCACUCAAGAGGCCGAUUCAGAUUGGCCCCAAAGUUUCCAUCCAGCCCAAACCGCUGAUUACAGCUGUGCCAUUGGCCCCUGCAGCAGCUCCCCUGCAGACCAAGACAAUCAUCAUCCAGCCCCUGCAGACCACUGUGCUGCCUGUGGUUAAACCAUCUCCGAUCAACAUCCAACCAGCGCCGCCUCCAGGUCGUCCUAUAGUGCUGUCUCAGACAAGCCAGGUGCUACAGAUCCAAACACCGCAGACCAUCACCAGCAAUGUGGUCGCCAUGCCAACACUCAGCCAGGACAGGCCCGUCCCUGUCGCUGCUCCACCUGUGGUCUCUGUCACACUGCGAACCCCUUCCUCAGAUGAUGAUUCGAAGUUGUCCCAGAGGCAGCAGCGCAUGAUAAAGAAUCGCGAGUCAGCAUCCCUAUCUCGGAAAAAGAAGAAAGAGUAUCUGCUCUCGCUGGAGGCUCGCCUGAAAGUGGCGUUGUCUGAGAAUGAGGCGCUCAAGUGUGAGAAUGGCAACCUCAAGAGACAGCUGGAGGGCCUGCUGAGCGAGCAGAACACAGUACUAAAAACAACAGCACCCAAGAGGAGAGCUGUGUGUCUCAUGGCAGUUUUGGUGUUCCUCGUGCUUAAUGUUGGACCAAUGAGUUUGUUUCAGGGUGGCCCAGGCUCCAAGCUGGAAGUAGUUUCCAUGCAGCACAGCGGCAGACACCUGCUGGCCUUCUCCCCAGAGGCAGAAACUCAGGUCGUGAUGGGCCCCGAGCCCCUGGGCAGCGCCCCCUCCGACGCAGCCGACAGUUCUGAGGAUAAGGCCCUGAUGGUGGUGAAGGAUCCCAUCUUCCUCAGACCUCCUCCCCCCUGCCAGCCUCCUGUUAACAGGACCAAGUGCAUAGAGUUGGCCCAUGAGUUGAGGGGCUGGGUCCACCGUCAUGAAGUGCAGCAGACCAAAUCCAGACGCAUGACUAACAGCAAUCACAAGCCCACCAGGACCAUUCUGAAAACAGAGAAUAAGGAGGCUGCCCAGAUUUUAACCGUCCAAUACACAGAAACUACUGAGGAAAAGAAUCCUGGCAGUGAGCUGCAGGUGUACUACGCACCUCAUCACACCUACAGUGACUUCUUUGAUGAGAUCAACCGCCGUGGCGAUACUUUCUACGUGGUGUCUUUCCGCAGGGAUCAUCUUCUACUUCCUGCCACCAACCACAAUAAAGGAAGACGACCCAAGAUGUCCGUGUUGUUGCCAGCCAUGAACAUAAAUGACAGCAUCAUCAGGGACAAAGAGUUCGAGGUGAUGAUGCAAAUUGACUGUGAAGUAACAGACACCAGGAUCCUCCACAUCAGGUCUUCCACCAUCCCACCUCUGCUCCGGGUCAACCACACAGACACAUUUUACCAGCACUCCCCGACCGACAGCCAGGCCGUGCCUCCUGUCGGUGUGCUAAUGGGGUCUGCCUAAGAUCACCAUCAGCACCUGCGUUAACAACAAAACACAUGAAGGCAAGCACAGGAUAAAAUCUCAGCUUGUGUUUUUUUUUUAAAUAUUUGGUUAAUGAAUCAUAUUUUAAGGCUGGUGUGCUCCCACUGACUUUAGGUUUGCUGUUUAGAUGUGAAUGAAUGGGCUCUGUAGAAAUCCUAAGUCAUUAGAAUACAGAGGUAGCUCAAAGGUCAUCCACAUUCUUUAUUAGGACUGAUAUCCAGAGGUAGUCUGUGAUAGGGUCCGAGCAGACGCUUGCUCCUUGUGUGGCAAAACUGACUUCUCCCUGUGACCCCAGACGCCCCACAUAAGGGUAAUUGCUUAGCGGCAGGGGGCAGAGCAUUGAACCCUGAGUCACCCCAUCAUAACACAAAUACUUUUACCCCAUAGCAGCUCCUCGAGUCUGCUCUUUUAUUCCCCUUUAUUUUCAGGAAAGAGUUUAGAAAACAAAUUGGUAUAAACCUAAGAUUUACCUACUUCAAACCUCAAUUAGAGACAGAAAAUACAUUUAUGAUAUCAAUGUUAAGAAUCACAGCAAAUUCUGUGUUUGUAUCUUAGCUAGAAAAUGGAGUGCUGUAAUUGUUUCUCUUUCUCAGUUUGUCUUUUUUGACUCUAAAUAAAGCAAAUUUUAUUAGUGAAAUAGUAAGAGAUGCCAGGUUAAUUACAGGAGGCAUUCAGUAAACUCAGGACAUCAGGUGAUCUGUGAAAGCUAUCAGGCUACCCACUAUGAUUUUGGUUGGUUUCCACUAGGUGCUCUGUUUUUAGCAUUGUAUCGAUGAAAGAUUUCAGUUUUAAAUUUUUGGGUCUUUGCACUGUGCUUUACUUAUGAACAGAUUCAAAUACUGUAUUGUAUUUAUUUCUUUUACAGUAAUGGAAACUUCUGUGGUGUGAUGCAAUUUGCUCGUUUCUACUGUUAAAAACUUCUUCCGUCAGGAUUUAUUGAUUUUUAUUUUUUUCUGAUUAAAUGUUGUGUGAAUUUAUUCUAAUUAAUAUUACAUGGUAGAAACAUACAGAAAAUCUAGAUACUGGGACAGUUCUUUAGUGUCAGUUCACAGAGUGGACAUGAAAAAAAUGUAUCAUCCUCAAAUUUAAAAUCGCCAGUAAAAAAAAAAAAAAACCUGUCAUAAAUAAUCACUAGUGAAAAAUAUUGUUUUAGUCCUGACUUCUCCGUCCUCGGGUUAAAUUGCACUUUUAUUUGGUGCACUUAAGCCUUUCUGAAAAUUGCAAUCUACUAGAAAUUCUUACUUUAAAAAGUAUAUUUUAGUGAACCUUUGCACUAUAAAUGCACAACCUUGGAAGUUCAUUUCUGGUUUUAAAUGCCUUAUUUUGAUGUGUCUCUAACCUUGUUUUGACUACCUGUAAUUUGGGGUAAAAUUAAUAUUAAGUAAGAAACUAUACGUCAUCAGAAUUAGUAACCUUUUUCAUAUUACUGGUCAUUUUCUGUAUAUGUGGAUAAAACUGCAUACUAUACUACUACGACUCAAAGUGCUUUCUUUUCUCUUUGUUCUGUCUACAUGAUUGUACAGAUGGUUAUGUUUUAACUCAACAGAUGCCCAUAAAAUGUUCAGGAAAAAAAAAAAAAACUUGUGUUGUUUUAACCCACGCCUUCUGUGUAUGUAAUUUUUCCCCCUUUGGUUUCAGAAAUAUUUUUGAUUCGCCACAUUGUUUUCACUGCAUCCCAACCGUACUUGGGGACAAGAGUACAAUUAAAAACUUCUGAGGUUUUUUGUUUUGUUUUUGUAUUCUAUUAUAUGCAUAAACCAAAAUAAACACUGGAUUUUCUCUAACUAUA